AUGGCUUCAGGAUAUGAUAGAGCUCUCUCAGUCUUCAGUCCAGAUGGCCACGUCUUCCAGGUCGAAUAUGCACUUGAGGCGGUCAAAAGAGGUACUUGUGCCGUUGGUGUGAAAGGACAAGAGAUCGUAGUAUUGGGCUGCGAAAAACGAUCUGCCAUGAAAUUACAAGAUACUCGGAUCACACCGUCAAAGAUCGGAGUGAUAGACACACAUGCUUGCCUGGCCUUUGCCGGCUUGAACGCUGAUGCUCGAAUAUUGGUGGACAAGGCGAGGGUCGAGGCACAGUCUCAUCGCCUUACGGUCGAAGACCCGGUAACAAUCGAGUAUAUCACGAAAUACGUUGCUGGAGUACAGCAGCGUUACACACAGAGUGGCGGAGUGAGACCAUUUGGUAUAAGCACCCUGAUAGUAGGGUUCGACAAAGGCGACAAGACGCCGCGCUUGUACCAGACCGAGCCAUCUGGUAUCUACUCCGCCUGGAAAGCCAAUGCGAUAGGAAGGUCUAGCAAGACCGUAAGGGAAUUUUUGGAGCGAAAUCAUAAAGAAGGCAUGGACAGAGACGAUACAAUAAAGCUGACGGUGAAGUCUUUGCUCGAGGUAGUCCAGACAGGCGCAAAAAAUAUUGAGAUAGCCAUCAUGGUGCCCGGGAAAGCGAUUGAGAUGCUACCGGUAGAAGCCGUGGAGACGUUUGUGAAGGACAUUGAAACCGAGAAACAGGAGGAAGCAGCCAGGAAGAAGACGAGCAGAACGCCAGGUACAGCUUCAGCCGCCACACUAACGAGGGACGAUGGUGCAGGACCGUCUAGCUAA